AUGCUCGCGUCGCCACUGCUGUCCAUCCUUGCAUUGGGUGUCACCUCCGUGUUUGGCUAUGAUCCUACUCGAACAGAUAAUUUGGUGGUCUAUUAUGGUCAAAACAGCUACGGUGCCGUCGGUGGGGCUCAAUCCGGUUGGCAACAACAAAUCGGCGCCUACUGUCAAGACGACGUCAUCAACGUUUUACCCAGCAAGCCGCUAUUCUCAUUUCCACAGACCCUUGCUGACUUUCUUACAGUUGCGUUCAUUGACGUGUUCUUUGGUACUGGUGGUCUGCCGGAUUUGAACAUGGCCAAUGUUUGCAACUCGGCAGACAAUGGAGUCUUCCCUGGCACCGGCUUAGCUAACUGCCAAUUUUUGGCCUCGCAAAUCCAAGCCUGUCAAGCUGCAGGAAAACUAGUCACCCUCUCUUUGGGUGGCGCCAGUGGUGCUGCUGUUCUCACUUCGGACGCGCAGGGUGUUCAGUUUGCCAAUACCAUCUGGAAUCUUUUCCUUGGAGGCUCGAGCUCGACGCGUCCCUUCGGAGCUGCUGUCUUGGACGGGCAAGUCACUAUUUUAGUCUUGACAGAGCUAUCUAUAUUUACCAUCAUUAGAAUUGAUCUCGACAUCGAAGGAGGAGGACCGACUGGAUUUGCCGCCUUUGUCACUCAAAUCAGGACAUUAUCUGCCAAUGCGAGCAAGAAGUACUAUAUCACUGGCGCUCCCCAAUGCCCUUACCCUGAUGCAUAUAUGGGUUCUAUACUCAAUGCAGUGGGCUUCGAUGCGGUAUAUGUCCAAUUCUACAACAACUACUGGCAAUUCUGUUGCCAACUCUGGGAACGAAAACUUGUCCAGAACUGGAACUUCGCUUCCUGGGAUACAUGGGCAAAGACAGUUUCGCCGAACAAGAACGUCAAGGUUUUCAUUGGCGCCCCCGCUUCGUCAUCUGCAGGCUCUGGUUACGCGAAUGCCGCAACCCUCGGAGCCCUCGCAGUCUCCACUCGCGCGAAGUAUUCGAGUUUCGGUGGAGUGAUGUUGUGGGAUGCAUCACAGGCUUAUGCAAAUGGCCGAUUUGACAGGGCGGUGAAGAAUAUCAUCACGACCGCCGGUGGAGGAGGAGUCUCCACGAGUAAAACUGCUUCAUCCAGCUCCUCGACCAAGUCCUCUACCCCCAUAACAUCAAGCACAAGAUCAUCCACUACCAUCUCCACCACCAUUUCCACAACCAAGUCGUCCUCUAACGGCAAUUGCGCAGGCGUUGCAGCUUGGGUAUCAACCGUGGCGUACGUUGGUGGGAGCCAAGUAACCUACAAUGGACAUUUAUGGCAAGCCAAAUACUGGUCUCAAGCUGAUGUGCCUGGUGGUGUAGCUGGUGACUGGACGGACUUGGGGGCGUGCACGUCCCUUAUGGCAACUCUUAAAGCCGAUGCGCCGGCCAAGCCAACUGCGGCCGUAUUGACUGGUGUUGCCCCAGCGGCGAAGGCGACAGUUGCGGCGCAAGAAACUAGAAAGAAGUCAAGAGCAUUUAAAUUUGUCUAA